AUGUCCCUACACAACAUUGGUCUCCGCAUGGGCGGCGUGUCAAGUGCUGUAUUUGCCGCCCAAGGCGUUUUUCUCCUGGGAAAUGCCUUCUACACCAUCCUCUAUCCCUCCUCCGCAGCCAACUUCCCAGGCUCGUCGCUCAGCGGAACUCCCAAUGGGACGGUCCAAUGCAUCGGUUUGACCUCCCUUGCUCUGGGGACGUACUAUCUGAUUUCGACCUACCAGCGUAACACCGUCAUUAUGGCUUCUUCAGUGCCAUCUCGUCUCGUGGCUGCUUUUGUGAUGUAUCGAGCUGGCGGAAAUUGGGUCCAACCUGCCAUUUUUGAAGUCUCAAUGGCAAUAGCAGCUAGCGCAGCACUUGUUUGGGACCGGUACAUGUAG